GAAAAUGGUGUUAUUUAUUGCUAAAUCUUUUUGGUCACACUAAGUUUAACCGGCUCCAUUUAGUGAUCAAAUUAUUUCAUUUAUUCUUUAUUUAAACUUUUAAAAUGAAGCUAGCUCCGACUGUUAAACUGAACAAUGGCUAUGAGAUGCCAAUUUUGGGUCUGGGAACCUAUAAUCUAAAGAAAUCGCGUUGUGAGGCUGCAGUGCGCCACGCCCUAGAACUGGGCUAUCGGCAUAUAGACACCGCCUAUCUGUAUAGGAAUGAAAAUCUUAUAGGCAAGGUAUUGCACCAAUUUAUAGGCGAAACAAAACUAAAGCGAGAACAGGUGUUUCUAGUCACAAAGCUGUGGGACAUAUAUCACGAACCCAAGUGGGUGAAAUACGCCUGUGAACUGCAAUUAAAACAACUAGGUGUGGACUAUAUAGAUCUGUAUCUGAUACAUUCGCCUGUUGGUGUGCACUAUAUAUCAGAUGAUGAUUUGAUGCCCCAUGUUAAUGACGAACUGCAGACCAAUGAUGUGGAUUAUUUGGAAACCUACAAAAGUAUGGAGCAACUGGUGGACCUGGGGCUUGUACGCAGCUUGGGAUUGUCCAAUUUUAAUGUUAAUCAGCUAAAGAGAUUGUUGGAAAAUUGUCAAAUCAAGCCAGUUGCUCUUCAAAUCGAAUGUCAUCCGGAAUUGGUACAAAGUCCAUUGAUUGACCUCUGUAAAAUGCAUAAUAUCACCGUUGUGGCCUAUUCACCAUUGGGUCGUCCUAAGACCUGUAAACCCUUACCCGAAUACUACAAUGAUCCCAAAUUACUGGCCUUGGCAGAGAAAUACGGCAAGACACCUGCUCAAAUCAUACUAAGAUACUUGAUCGACAUUGGAACGGUGCCCAUUCCAAAAGCUGCCCAACAGGUUCAUCUAAUCGAAAAUUUUGAUAUCUUUGAUUUUCACUUGACGCCGGAGGAGUUGCUUCAGUUGGGGACUUUCAAUCAGGGCCGGCGAAUCUGGAAAUUUGAGAAAGCAAAGAAUCAUCAGUACUAUCCUUAUGAAAAAUAGCAAACUAAGAUUAGGGUUUAAAGCACAUAAUAUUUAAGAAAAAAUAUCUUAAUACGUUCUAGUUAUAUUAGUUUAGCAGUAACGUUUAUUUUGUAAUAAAGUUAAAUUGUUUAAAUUCAGUUAA